AUGAAAAUGAUAAUUGAUAAUUGUAGGUCUGUAAUUUUUUUUGGGUUUAAUCUCUGAGAAUUCGGCUCUAAAAACAGUUUGCUGAUAUUGGAAUGUCACCCUGGACGGAUUGCCGAAUGUCCACGAAAAACGACAUUUCAGAAACAAUGAAUGAAGUGGAAUGCAGAUGAAUGAAAUACGAUGAGCCCUUCCUGGCAUGGCCUCUCUUCAAAAUCACUUCACCGGAUGCCCUGAUGGAAUGUCUGAGGGAGUUCGGAUUUUGCAGUCGAAGAGUCCGCUUGGCCUCACCGUUGAGGUUGAUUUCUGGAGUUAGCGAUAACUGGGUCACUGAAGGAUAUAAUUGGGUGCGUCCUUAGGGAAUGUUAUCGAUUUCUGGACAUCAUUUGGCAAGUUUGGACUUCUGUUUUGUUACUCCGUGAAGACGGAAGGAGACGGUUUCUAAAGCCGAGGAGCGUUUUGUGGUUUGAUCGGUGAACUCAUUAACUAAAUGAAUCAUUGCAAUGAGUCUUAGAUGAACGACUCACAGACAGUGCUGGAUACAUUCGUGCGUGGAUUUUAGGGUUUAUGAUUGAGGUAGCCUCCGCAGCAUCAGAUAUGCAGAUACCAGUGAAGUGCAGCUGUGGCGAAUGCAAGGAGUGGGGAAUGGUGGAGCUGCAAGGUUCUCUGGAGAUUCAACACUCAACUAGUCUUCACAAUCUCACCAUUGGUUCUCUCUGCCGCACUUCCACGAGUACAUACAAACUCGUUAUCGGCUAUCAUGAACUCGAAGGGACAAAAGUGACUUUGAAAAAGCCUCUAGUGAUUUUGAAAAAGGUGAAGGCACCCGAUGCCAUGGAUACUGAUCCCGUAAGUAGCAGUGAUCCAAGCCUGUCGACAUCUACUCCGGUGGAGAUGCAUGUAGUUGGUAUCAUCCGACACAAACUUCUCUUCAAGAGCAGGCCUAAGGCUCUUAUCUCAAAACAAGAGGUGAAACCAAAGAAGCAGCGUGAGUUACCUAGCCUAAAAUUGGAAUCCAGUAGGGAGCUACUGGAUCCAAGUUGAUCAUCUGAGACGGCGUCAACUUGUGCUGUCAUCAGCUCUGAUGUUGGCAGCAAUCUUCGCAAUUGAUUCCCAACAAAGAAAUCCUUCGUUCUAUCGUGCACUCUGAUACAUCCAUGAAGUAACAAAAAAAGGAAAAAGAAAACUGAUAAAACAACAAGUUGAUAAAUUAAAAAUCACAAAUAAAAAAAAAUACAGGAUCUUAGUUGAUUUACUCAUUUAGCACAGUUAGCACAUUAAGCUUUAAUAUUGCUAGUAGUGUCAAUGUGCAUUUGCAAAGGAUUCCUCUUAAAUGCACUUGUGCUGCAUACAUCAUUUCAAGUAUGCACUUCACUAAGCACAAGAUUGCCAUACGCUUUUGAAAAAAAACGUUGAGGUCUGUAACAUACAAAUUGCUAUGACUAAAAAUCAUGUCUCUUUCUGUUAUUAAUUUUAUGAUAGACCAUGAUUUAUGUGUCAAACCCUUUUGCGAUUCAAUCUUACUGCUGUCACAAGUAGUUCUAUAGUUAGUUCUUUGAAGAAGUACGAAAACCUUAUGUUUAUAUGAUUUACAUCAAUGAAAGGUAAAAUUCUA